AUGCCUCCUCGUCCAUGCUGGCGACCGCAAAUACCUCGUACUGAGCUUGCGGACAUAUACGGCCAUCUCGCCGAGCCGGAACUUCAAGGUAUUAUACCAUUGAAGAGCGGCCUCACGCCAGUAACUUUGAAACCGCAUUCUACCAAUCAUGAGAGAAAAUUCGCCGAUGAUGUGCGCUGGCUACAGAGGCUUUACUAUGGAAAUUUCACCGUUGCUGAGUUGGAGAGGUUGGAUGCCUUGGCACCACUUUACCACAUCUAUGAAGACGAAACUGCGAUUAACCCAAAUACUGACAUUACCAUCCAUCCCGUGAUGCAAAGAAAAAAGUGGGAUUAUCCGUUGCCAAAUCACUUAGCCGACUUUCCUUUGGGAGGAGACUUGGAUGGGUACUGGAAUGCUGGUACGGAUGAUACUGCGUGGGAAGCCGUACUUCCAUCUAUUAGAAUAGCAAGCUUGUAUAUCUCGCAUGCGGAUUUGUGGCCAUGGUUUGAUGGUCUGCUUGCCGCCGAGUGGACUGACAUUCCACCGUCAGAGGUUCCCUUCUCCUUGAUGACUCCACGUUCAGGCUGGAAACGAUUCAAUGCUAGAGAUCCUCUAGUAUGUGGAACUGAAGCAGGUAGAAGAAAAGUCCGAGACACAAUAUUGAGCCAUUCUAAGAAUAUAUAUUUCCGCCUAACAAGUUCUUAUACCGAUCCAGCAAAUGGUGUUCUAGCAGUAGAUCACAAGCUUGGAAGUAUCGCUGGACAAACGUUAACCAGCGCAAUAAGCAAUAUUUCUGUUGUAACCAUUAGUUUCCAUGCCCUUGCAGCUUUGCUUCCUGGAACGGUCGAAAAAUUGAAUACUGCAGAAAGACGUAUGGUUCAAGGAGAAGUUGCAAAGACCAUCAUACAUGAGCUUGGUCAUGCCCUUUUCCAGCAAACUUACAAAGCCUAUUUGCCCAACCAUAAUGGCACGGAGAUAUAUUUUCAUAAGGAAGUAAUUUCGGAAAUGGGGAUAUCGGUAUAUGGCGGGACUACACGAUCUCUUCGUAGUGCACAAGAUGAUUCGCUGCUCGAUUUGGUGGAUAUGGGAAGCAAAAGCAGAUUCGAAUAUUUUGUGAGGAAAUAUGGAACCGAAACUGUGAAAUAUAAAAAGGUUACAGGUACAAAGACUGAUCUCAAGGAAGACGGUACGAGAUUCGCUGAUACCAGGGAUCCGUUCACCGAGUUUGAGGGCAUACCAAACAAUAAUCAACAUACCAUGUUAAGAUCGGAGACAAUGGAUACUUCAGAGCCCCCUCGCAAGCGAGGAAGGGUCCCAACCGCCCCAGCUGCCGUCGUGCGAAAGGCUCGUACUUUCCGAGGGCCAAGGCGCACGCAGGAAAGAAACCCACAAAUGGAAUCGCUUUCUGAAUUCUUAGAUCCAGAUUUACCGCCUUGUCCUCGGUUCGACGAGAUUAGCAGGUAUUUAAUCAAUAAUCGUCGAGAGUUGGCCCUGCACACAAUGUGUUUUGCCAUGCCUGAGAAUACUUUGCGUGAUUAUAUUUUGCGACUUGGUGGGCUGGAAAUUAGUGCCAAAGAAUGGCGUGCGUAUCUUCUUCAUUGCGAGGCCGUCCCGUAUCUCUUCAGGUUCCAGCCGCAUGGAAGAAUUCGUGACAUCUCGACUUAUCGUGGCUCCAUCCAACUUCAUGCUUCAAGCUGGCCCAAGACGGAUCUUCCACGCUUCAAGGCAAUCGAUACAGGGGAUGCAACUUUUAUGAAGAACCUCCUCAAAGGUAUGAGACUUUGCAUCGCUAUGGACGCUCUUUCGAAAAAAUACGAGCAAUUUUUGGAUCAGAUAUGGCUACAUUCUGUCUUCUGGGACGUCGACAUUGAGACCUUCCUUACUUUGUUCAACGCCGAUGUCAAACAGGGUGAUGGAGUAGCGAGCAUGGUUGGACUAGGUUUGAUGACCAAGAAAGAAGUUGAAGAUUUGAUACAGGUUUUGGCUUCUAUUCGAUUAGUACUUACUUGGGCUCCAAAGGGCAUCAUCCGUCGCUUACCACUAACUACUACGGAAUGCAAAGAACUCACCAGUGGUGGAACAAGCCUAAGAGAUAUUAUUCUGCCCAAAGGUCGAUCACUGAUUGAUUGGGAUGCGGGAUAUGAGGCUUUGUGUGAGUGGGAUGACGACGAUAUGGUAACUGAUCUGGAAGCGCUGGACGAGGGGGACACGGGUAUCACGUAUGCUGACGGGCGACACGAAAGCGCCAAGGAAUACGCAAUGCGCACCGAACCGCCGCCGGUCAAAACGCAAGCACAGUUGGAAUCGGAAGAAUACGAGCGGCAGAUCUCGGCUUUGGAUAAUUCGAUUCUGGCAUAUCUUGCGGCGCACCCGGAGGCUUCUGACGAGGAGAUUUUUGAAAAGUCGUUUUGGGAAUUGUGGAAGGGGUUUUAUCCGAAUGGGGUGAGGGAGGAUGCGCUGGAGGAAUUUGCUGAUUCGUUGCCGCAUGUUAGGGCGGUGGGGAAGGGGGGGGAGGGAGUGGGGGGGCAGGGGCAGGGUGUGAAUUUGGAGAGUGUUGUGAAGGCUUUGAUGAAAGGGGGAGAGGGAGGGGGAGGGGGAGGGGGAGGGGGAGGGGGGGAUUGUCCUACUAUGUGA